AAGUGCAGGUAAAGGAAACAAAAAGCUACCAGAUAUUCAAACAUGGCUGUGAAGAAAACAAGCCAGUGAACAGUAUAUCUCUGAAGGCUAGUGAUUGCCUUGUGACCAAAGUCACAGUCUACAAGGACAGGGCUGAAGUUUGCAGAGAGGUGGAAACAACCAUUAAGGAGGGAGUAAAUGAAUUAAGAAUCAAAGAUUUUGUCUCUAUCGAAGAAGACUCAAUAAGGGUGGAGGGUAAAGGUAAUGCAACCAUAGCUGAGGUCAGCUACCAAAGCAAAUACAUCACUGACGAUGAAGCCACCAUGACUGAGAAGGAGAAAGUUCUCAAUGAGCAGCUCAAAGCACUGAAAGAGCAGAAGCAAGAUUUGGAUUUCGAAACCCAGAAAAAUGCAAUUAAAAAGCAGUGGAGUUUACUGGAUCAAUUUGCUGCAACUGCUGCUAAAAAUGGCAAGGGUGAUACCAAGGAAGAGAAGCCUGCCUUUCAGCUUGAUGCAGCUUACUUUAAGGGUAUGAAAGAGUUUAUGCAGCAGUAUAAGGAGAUUGGCAAACAACUGGAAGAGGAACGUUUGAGUUUGGAGAAAAAGAAUCAAGAGCUGGAUAAAAAGAUUGAAACAGUUGAAAAAAAUCUGUCAGAAGUUCGUGGGAACUGGAACUCAGGCCAUGAGAGCAGGGAGUGUGUGAUUGUUCUCGAGGCAGAGAAAGAGACCAAGGUGUCGCUCACUGUGUCCUAUGUGGUGCUGGCGGCCUCGUGGUCACCAAGUUAUGACCUGCGCAUGUUCACUGAUGAAGGAAACCUGAAGAUUUUUUACUAUGGUUUAAUCCGCCAGUGGUCAGGGGAAGACUGGACCAACGUCAAAUUAUUUCUAUCAACAGCAGAGCCCAGUGUUGGUGGGAGCAUUCCUUUGUUGCCCAUGACACAGCUUGCAGUCCGCAAAAUUCGUGUUACUGCAGCAAAAAAAGGUGGUGGCUUUGGGUUUGCCAUGGCCAAAAGGUCUAUGGUCAGUCAAGAAGACCAUGGACAGAACCUGAGAGAAAGCAAUUUCUGUUAUGAUGCCCCUCCUGCUCCCCCACCUAUGGCCAUGGCUAUGGCAGCGCCAAUACAAAUGGCAGACAUUCAGGUGACAGAAAGCACCACCAGUACAACCUAUGAAAUAGCUCGCCAGUCUACCAUCCCAAGUGACAAUACUGAGCAUAAGGUCACAGUGGCCAUCAUUGACCUCAAGCCCACCCUGAGCUACCUGACCAUACCCAAGGUUGUGCCUCAUGCCUACCUGCAGGCUAAAGUGACCAACAGCUCCCCCUACACCCUGCUGGCUGGCAGGACCAACAUCUUCCUGGACAACAGUUUUGUGGCCAAGGCUGAAAUUAAUGCCGUCUCCCCUAAAGAAGAAUUUGAAUGCUCACUUGGUGUUGACCCAGGGGUCAGGGUGGACUACAAACCUCUGAUCAAGGUCAACUCCUCAUCUGGCAUCAUUUCAAAGACUCAGAUCAUCACGUACGAGCAGGCCAUAGAGAUCAAGAACGUGCACGACUACGCGGUCAAGGUUCUGGUCAGGGACAACCUGCCACGCAGUUUGGAUGAGAAGAUUAAGGUGAACCUACUAGUCCCGGCUAUUGACCUCAAGCACCCAGAGAAGAGCGAGAAAGUUAAACUGACCAAGAACAACCACAUUGAGUGGGAAGUUGAGCUUAAGGGCACAGAGAAGUCGGAGCUGGUUCUGAAAUACAGUGUGGAGCACCCUGCCAACGAGGACCUGGAGACCACCACAACCAUGGCUAACUAGUCUUUCACACCUAGUGAAAUGACAGUAAUGGCCAGUUUAAACAAUUCAAACCUUUUAAAAAUUAAAUAAUUCAAAAAUUUUUAAAAAUGUUUUUACACAUAACUUAGUUUUUGCUUAAAAAAUUAUCAGGUAAUUAACAAAUUUAGCUUAAUGAAAAACAAAAUUAAUAUGUUUUAAAUGACUGGGAACAACAACUUCAUCUUCAUACUUAAAGAAUCUUAUAUCUUAGGCUUGGUUUAAGUAACUGUUGCUUGCAGCUUGUUUUGAUUUACAAAAAUGUAUUGAUGACUGUGCAAUAAAACAGAGUUUGUAUCACAUCAAAAUAAAGAGCUAAACAUUAGGGCGGGGAAUAUUUUUAAAGUGCUGCUACUGAAUAGAACACAGGAACUGAUUCUAUUAUAUUUGUUGUUAUAUUCUGGCUACAAAUUUCUUUUGUUUUCAGGUAUUGUUUACUAUAGCACAAAAUUGUUCAUGUUUUUUUUUUUAAAUUCUUUAUAAAAAUUAUAGUGCUCAAAUUAUAUAAAUUAAAUAGAUAGCAUGCCCAUUUUAUUAAAAAAAUUGUAUCAUUUGUAUCUAUCUUUCACUCACACAUUUCCACUUUGUCAUGGUGCCAUCUGUUUCUUUAAUUACAAUAAAUGUAUGUUAAUUUUAUAUAUCAAUAUUUUUUUUAGAGAAAAAUCUAUUUUUACGGCAUAUCAAUUUUUUAUGUGAUGUCAAGGUAUUUUUUUUUACGAAAAAAUCCUUAUAUGUGAUGCUAAGUUUUUAAUUCUUAAAUUCAAAUAAAUUGUUUUUUAACCAACAAAUUAACCUCAAAAUUGCCAGAGCUCAAUAUGCUAUCAUUAAAUGUUUACUCUUAAUAUAAUUACAUUUACAUGCAAUUGAUAUUUUUUGUAUUAAAUUAGUCUAUGUUCAAGCUUAUUCUCUAACAAAUUUGAAUAUUACUUUAAAUCUAAUUUAUUCAGCAAAUUAAAAUUGGUGUUUGGUUAGCUUUUUUGACUUUCUAUUUACAGAAUUUUAUUAGUAUACUCAAAAUAAGUAUAUAAUAUAUGGUUCAGAGUAUUUGUUUUAUUUUUCUUCAUAAUUGUUGUAGAAUGAUUUUCCUCUUUUUUCUGUCAGUUCAUCAAAAUUUCAUUACUUAAGUAAUUAAGUUACAAUUUUCUAUAAAAUGUUCUAUAAAAACUUAAUUUAUGACUUGCAGGACAUAUAAGAUUUUGCUGGAUGCAAUAGCGUUUUCAAAUUUUAAUAAUUUUAUUAAAUGUUCUGAAAAUAACAGAUACAUUUACUUCUGCUUCUAUUGAAAUGGUUUAAUUUAUGCCUUAUUAAUUUUAAAAUUUAAUUAUAUCAGUUUAUUUCCUGCCUUAAAAUUAACAUGCUGCACAACAAAUCAAAAUUAUUACUUUAUGCUUGCAUUUAACUAAUACUCACCAAUAAAGGUAGAAAUACAUACUACUCAAUAUUGCCGAAUAUAAAAAACUUUUUUUCAAUACUUAUUUGAGGUGCCUUAUUUUUUUACUAUAUUUAUUUCAUUUAUACUUCAUUUAAUGGACAUUUUUGUUAGAAAAUUACAAAUAAAUAAUUCAACUGUAAGCAAAAUAUUUCAACAAUAGUAGCAAUAAUUCUAUUGAUUAUUGAAUUUAUGUAAACUUUAUUAGUUUUUGCUGAACUAAAUAGUGUCUUCGAACUUCAACUUGAUUAUUUUUUUUGUCUUUACACUUUUUGAUGAUUUUUUGAGAUUUUUUUUUUCAGUUUUGGAUUUUUGUUACCAGGGUAAAGGAUUAACGUAAACAAAAUGGCACUUGUGGUCUGCCCGUUUCUUAGUGUUUAAGUUUUUUAAACAAGGUAUUUUUUUUUUACAUUUCAACAAGAGGAAGAUGUGAACCUUUUCAGGAAAUAUUCUCUCUAAAUUUUUUAUUAAUUACUUUUGACAGGUUUCAUGACCACAAUAUAUUUUAUUUUAAAAGAGUAAAUUUUCUUUUUUCAUGACUGUAAAUAUUUGUGACAAUAGAUUCUUUUAUGGCAACUUAUUUCUUACUUUAGCUUUUGAUGAUUUUUUUUUAAUGCCCCAUAUGUUAAAAAUGUUUAUCGUAGCUGUAUAUGUAGUCUAGUGUACAUGUUGUUUCGUGGAAGUAGAGAAUACAAGUUUUUAUUCCAAGUUUUUUUUUUAAAAAGCAGCACAACAGCAAUUAAUUAUAUUUGAUUUAUUCUUACAAAGUUAAAUACAAUAUAAAGCUUUGGAAAUAAUUUGUUUUUGUAAAAAUUCAGAAAAUGAAGUGAUCUCACAUCAUUCAUAUUAAUUAAUGAAACAAUUUCAUUUUUUCAAAUAAAAAAAUAUUUUUUUAGCCUAAUGUUUUAACAAUGCUUGAAGUGUGAUAGCAAUUAUCCAUUGAUUAAUUGAUGACCACCACUGAUUGUGAUAUGCAAUAUUAUUCAUUAUUUUGGUUCUUAUAACUAAACCUAGUAAAAAUCAAUAAAAUCACCCCAAU